AUGCCCGGUGUCGUCGACGCACAAUCAACCGGCUCCGGCCGCUUGCUGCUCAUUUCCAACCGUCUUCCCAUCACCAUCAAGCGCUCCGAUGACGGCCAAUACACUUUCUCCAUGUCCUCCGGCGGUCUCGUCACUGGCUUGAGCGGCCUGGCCAAGACUACAAAGUUCCAAUGGUACGGAUGGCCGGGCUUGGAAGUUCCCGAGUCCGAGGCCGCCAGCAUGAAGCAGCGCCUGAAGGAGGAACACGACGCCAUUCCCGUAUUUGUUGACGAUGAGCUGGCUGAUCGUCAUUAUAACGGUUUUGCGAAUUCCAUCCUCUGGCCGCUCUUCCACUACCACCCCGGUGAGAUCACCUUCGACGAGUCCGCCUGGGCUGCUUACCGCGAGGUCAACCGCUUGUUCGCAAAGGAGGUUGUCAAGGAUGUCCAGGACGGAGAUAUGAUCUGGGUCCACGAUUAUCACCUGAUGCUGCUUCCCCAAAUGCUUCGCGAGGAGAUCGGCAACACCAAGAAGAACAUCAAGAUUGGCUUCUUCCUUCAUACCCCCUUCCCCAGCAGUGAAAUCUAUCGAAUUUUGCCUGUCCGGGAAGCGCUUCUGCUGGGUAUCCUCGACUGCGAUCUGAUUGGCUUCCACACAUACGACUACGCCAGGCACUUCCUGAGCAGCUGUUCCCGAAUUCUCCAAACACCGACUACCCCUAAUGGCGUGGACUUCAAUGGAAAAUUCGUCACUGUUGGUGCCUUUCCUAUCGGUAUCGAUCCUGAGAAGUUUGUCGAAGGCCUCAAGAAGCCGAGCGUCCAGCAGCGUAUCGCGACACUCAAACGCAAGUUCGAAGGUGUCAAGCUCAUCGUUGGUGUCGACCGUCUCGAUUACAUCAAGGGCGUGCCACAAAAGCUACACGCUCUCGAGGUCUUCCUUACUGAGCAUCCCGAGUGGAUCGGCAAGAUCGUGCUAGUCCAGGUUGCCGUGCCCAGCCGACAGGACGUCGAAGAAUAUCAGAACCUACGCGCCGUUGUUAACGAGCUUGUCGGCCGUAUCAACGGCAAAUUCGGCACUGUCGAGUUCAUGCCCAUCCACUUCCUCCACCAAUCCGUCUCGUUCGAUGAGCUCACUGCUCUCUACGCUGUCAGCGAUGUCUGCUUGGUCAGCUCCACCCGUGAUGGCAUGAACCUCGUCUCGUAUGAGUACAUUGCCACGCAGCGCGAGAAUCAUGGCGUCAUGAUUUUGUCCGAGUUCACUGGCGCAGCUCAAAGUUUGAACGGAAGUUUGAUCGUCAACCCUUGGAACACGGAGGAGCUUGCCAACGCGAUCCACGACGCGGUUACCAUGAGCCCCGACCAGCGCGAGGCCAACUAUCGCAAGCUUGAACGCUAUGUCUUCAAGUACACCAGCGCUUGGUGGGGCCAGAGCUUCGUUGCCGAGCUGACGAGGAUAAGCGCAGAGGCUGAUAAUAACGCCGAUGCGCAAAAGGAGCAGCAUGGCAUCCGCGAGGGUAUUGCCAACGCGGCCAAUAAGGCUAUUGAAGGCGUCACGGGUGCGCUAAAGUCCACCAACCUUACUGACAACCAGGAGUCGUGA